UUGAACAUGAAGUAGGACAAACUUAAUGAAUCGGUUUUAAAGACUCAGAACAGUGUGUGGUGGAAGUAGAAAUAAGGAGUGUGAUGGGCGAAAGCCAGAGACCAGGAAACUGGCAAGUGUGCAGCCAGAACAGGUGGCCAGCAACAUAGAUGCAUGCGUGACUACAGCACAAGUUUGGACCAAAGGAAGGUGUGUGGUUAAUAUCCAUUGAUAGCCAUGCAGCAGACUGCGGUCUUCAAUCCCCUUGGUUCUACAUUAGUGGUUUGCCAUUCCCUGCUUCUCGGAACUGCCUUUACAACUGCUGUUAUCAAUGCUCUUUCAAAAAUGGUCUGCUUGGCGUCAGUGGCACCAUACGACCAUCCUUAAUGUAAUAAAAACAUUAUUACAAUAAGAUUAAGCUUUCACUGUACAAGUGACUGUAGAUAUUGGAGGAUGGAACAAAGACACUGCUGGAAGAACUCGGCGUGGAGUAACCCAAGAUGCUGCUUUGCCUCCAUAAUUGCUGCCCGAUCUGUUGAGCAGUUUUUUUUCGCAAACCGAUGUUGUUUAUUAACAGCAUACAUGCGGUGAAAUCUGUAACAGGCAUCGCUUUCACCCGUCAGCGCGAAAUAAUUUAUAACCAACUAACAUGCACGAACAUCGAACUCGACACUUAUUUCAACUGAACUUGCUACUCGUCCCAGCUUUCGACAGGACAGUAUUAAAGAGCACCGCCGUGGCCAGCGGCUCGCUGGCGGAACCAGAGCCGUCUGUUCGGGGCUACGCAUGAAACCCUUGCUGUGCUCGCUGCACCGGAGCCCUCAGCCGGUUCACUCGCCGCGAAUCGCCGGGCACCUCCAGCACCGGCGCCGGCGCCCGCAUCGCACACGUCGCGUCGGGCGAACCGUCGUUCUCGCGAGAGUUGCCGGUGCUGCUCCGCUGGCAGCCGAGCCGGUUGCCAACGAGACGCCGCAAAUGGCCGCGAUGCGGAGCUUCUUUUCGCUGCAGCGUUUGCACCCCGGGCGCUGGCGAACGGCCGCUUUGAGCAAGCCUGCCUCGAGCAGAGGGGCGAGCUGGGUUGCAUGGCGGUCGGGACCGGGUGGAAGGCGCGGGCUGUGCGUGGCGGCGGUGUGCGGUGCGGCAGCUGCCGCCGUCUCCUGGUGCUACUACGAUACGGAGUCGGAGGCUGAGAGCAGCAGGAGAUGGGCUCUCCCCCGCGGGGGUGUGCGAAUACCGGCUGUAAAAGCCAAGAAUACAAUAGAAGAAAUUGAUUUUGAAGAUGUAGAACUAUAUGUUUCUUCUCAGGAACAAAGAUUUAGACUGUUUACAUCGCUGGAAUAUGAAGGGCAGCUCUUUAUGACCCCACGGGACUUCAUUGAGUCUGUCACAACAGAUGAACCACGAAGUUUUAAGCCUAGAAAAUCACUCUCAAGGCAGGAUUUAGAAAAUAUGCUUGCAGAAACUCCUCCAGUAUGGAAAGGCUCUUCAAGACUCUUUCGAACUCUGAGUGAUAGGGCAUACAUUCCUUCCAGAGACCAUGAUGUAAGAGAGAGAUUCACACAUUUUGGUCUGAUUGCCUACACUGAAUAUUUGUUUCUUUUGUGCAUAUUAACAAAGCCUCAUGCAGGUUUUAAAAUAGCUUUCAACAUGUUUGAUACUGAUGGCAAUGAAAUGGUAGACAAGAAAGAGUUCUUGGUGUUACAGGAAAUUUUCAGAAAGAAAAAUGAGAAAAGAGGUAGAAGAGGUAUCGAUGAGGAGAAGUCGGCGCAAGUGGUGUUAAAAAAAGAUUGCCCAGAUCAUACCACAGAUCGAAGUUACUGGGAUACAUUGAGACGUAACACCAGCCAAGCAUUCUUUUCAGAUCUUGCAGAGCAAGCAGUGCAAAGUUUUCUUGUAGAUACUACACUACUUGUGCACUUUUUUGGAAGAAAAGGAAAGGCUGAGCUGAAUUUUGAUGACUUUUACAAAUUCAUGGAUAAUAUACAAACUGAAAUUUUGGAAACUGAAUUCCUUUCAUACUCCAAAGGAAUGACCACAAUUAGUGAAGAAGAUUUUGCUCGUACUUUGCUACGCUACACAAAUGUUGAUAACACUAGCAAUUAUCUGGAGUCUGUUCGUCAAAGUAUUCCUGAUGAAAAGGGGAUCACUUUUGAUGAAUUCAGAUCAUUUUUUCAAUUCUUGAAUAACUUGGAGGAUUUUGCCAUUGCAAUGCAAAUGUAUAAUUUUGCAAAUCGAUCAAUUGGGCAAGUGAGGUUGCCAGCAAAACCAAAGAACAUUGGUGUCUCGUCCAUGUUACCAAUCAGUGAGAGCGGGUAAGAAUGUGCCUUUCAAUGCUUGAUUACAAAUGAUUGGAAGGCCAUAACCUUAUUUUCAAGGUCACUUGACAACUUCUGAGCAAUCUUUGUUUUUUGUCUCAACACAAGAUCACGCAUAUUCAUAAAUUGGGUGCACCAACUUCACACGGCUUUGAAAUUUUUGCUGACCUCACGGUGUUUUUCGGCCCAUUUUCACGCUGGAACUCGAAUCAUUUCUCUGGUAACAAUGUAUCCAGAUGAUCACUAGUGAUUCACCCACUCCAAAACUUUCUCUUCCAGUUCUGGCCACUGGCACAUUUUUCCGCAGUUUGUACAUUUCGUCUUUGGCAUUUCCCUCAGCGUGUCCUCUGCUUUUCUCCACUCUCUCACUUGUUUCUCAUUUACACUAAACUUCUUAGCAGCUGCAGAACUAUUUGUUCCUUUGGCAAAAUCAACAACCUUCAGCUUGAAGCCAGCAUCAUAUUUCAUUCGUUUUAAUCUUUUGUACAUGGUGGUCGCAAGCUCAAUACUGAGUACACGUAUUGAUCCCGCCACCACGUAUUAUGUUUUAACGAGAUUACGACGGGUGCUAAAUGGUUUCACGGGGGUUACAUCUCAGAGGAUUCUUUACCAUUGGGAACCAAAUCCAAAACUUCCCUCCCUGAUUUAUUUAUUAAGCAUUUGCUUAUAAUGUGUAAGCCUGUUUUCUUAGCAGGUACUGGUUCACAAAAUUUCCAGGUUCCAGAUCUGGCAAAGCUGAGUACCGGCAUGUGAGAUCUUGUGAUCUUUUCUGAUUAAAUCAAAAACCUCUACAAAAGGGGUCGACUUAUACAAAGGUAACAUGAAAAAGUCACUUUUUUAACCUUGAAAAUGGGAGGUCAUCCUAUGCUCUAGGUCGGCCUAUACACUGGAAUUUACAGUAAAUGGACUGCACAGGGAAGAUAAAAAGAUAAAAAGUCAAUUUGCAGUUUCAAAAAGAGCACUAAACAGCACACUUUUGAGGAAUAAUCUGAUAAUGAAGAGAGUGACACAGGACUGGGUAGCCUUGAGAUUUACAAUGUGAAAAUUAACAAGAGACAAGCAAUAUGACUUACACCAGAAGUGAACAGUAAAUUAAUUAAAAUGGAAUUAAACACUGGAUCAUCUGUUUCAGUCAUUCCACAAAAUGAGUCUGAAUGGCAUUUCAAAGAUACUAAACUGAAGCCUGCAGAUAUCCAAAUAAGAAUAGAUAGUGAAGAAAUGUAACUCCUGUAGAAAUGACAUUCAUAACAGUGAAAUACAAGUGACAUUGGGCUUGCAUGUAGUAAAAGCAGAAGGGCCAGCAUUGUGGAGGUAUGAUUGACUGUGAAAACUACAACUUGAUUGGAGAUCCUUCAAGUACUUGAAUGCCACAUCCCCUGUAGUGGAGUCAACUGAAAGCAAAUUAAGAAGGGUACUAGAUGAUGCCACAUCCUGCACAUCAUGAAUUGUUGUCAAACCGAGGGCAAACAAGUGUUGGUGCCAACCUCUCUGCCUCUGGUUGGAAAGCAUAUUGGACCAAGAAAAGACAAUGCUCCAGAGAAAUCAUGAAAGUGAGGAAUACAGUGGUCCAACUACAACAGUCUUUGUAGGCAACAAAUCUGAGAAAUCUUCUGAUAUGUUAAUCAGGCAGUUCGAAAUGUGGUUUGGUUUUAAACUGAAAGAGAAUUCAAGGAACUUCAGGAAAGCUAUGAGCAUUCAGCUUUUGUGAGUAUAAUACUCUGCAUGCAAUAAAGUUAUUGCAUGAACUUCAAGUGAGAGAUAAAAAGUUGCUUGUAAAAGUAGGUGCAAAGACCAAAUCCCAGCUAAAAGAAUGGAUGGCCUGAAAAGGAGUCAAUGAGAUAUGGAAACAUGAUUUGUCAGAUAAUGUGAAUGAGGAAACCAAAAGGAGAGAUCAGAUCAUAAAGGGAGCAAUAGAGGGAUUAUUAAGAGAAUAUUCCAGUGAACUAAAUACACCCUUCCAAGAAGAAAAAGGAAAAGAAAGAGGAUGAUGAUGUAGUGCUAUGGAAAUGGAAGAGGAUGAACAGGACAAAAUUAGCAAAUUCAGGGAUACUCACAAGAAACAGCAGGAAGAAAAAGAAAGAACAGAAGUUGAAAAGUAGAAAGAUAGAAAAAAAGAAUGUGAGCAAGAAAAAGAAAGGCAUGAAAGAGAGAAGGGCCAUGAGAGAGAAAAAAGAGCCGGGACUGAAAGAGAAGCAAGGAUCGAAGUCGGAGAAAAGGAGAGGAAAGAUGCCCAGAACUGUCAGAGCUACUUCUGGCAGUUUCAGAGUCAACUCCUACAACCACCAUGGAGGAGGGCCCAGAACCUCAGAUCAUUUUCACAGACUCAAGUCUCAACUGCUAAGCAGAUUAACCUCCCUUGUCAGGAAAUGAGUUAUCCCACAAGAGUAAAAAAUCCUCCACAGUGAUUAAAUCUUUAGGCCUUUGCUGUGGAUGUUUGUACAGUAGUUGUAUUAUAUAACAUACUGUGUAUAUAGUUGAAAGGCGUUCUAUGUUGAGUUGGAGUUUUUAGCUAAGCAGGGAGGAUGUUGUGUAUUUAAUAUUGCAGUAACAUUUAUGUAAUAUUAUGAAUAGAUUGUAUGAUUAAGCAGUCUUUGUUAUUUAUGACAAGACUGUCCUGAUGAGGAGUCUCAGCUCAAAAUGUCGACUAUGUACUCUUUUCUAUAGAUACUUCCAGGCCUGAGUUCCACUAGCAAUUUGUGUGUAUUAUUUCGAUUUCCAGCAUCUGCAGAUUUUCUCUUGUUUGUUGUUUACAUAGUGCACUGUGGAUUAUCUGUAAAAGUACAUAAAUGGCAUAUGUUGUCAUGCAUCCAUGUGAUACCUACAUGCUUCGCUUAAAGUAAAGUCAGAUUUGCAUCUCUCGGCUCUUCUUUUCCUUUCAAUUAGUUUAAUGUUUUGGAUUUGCAAAACUUAACACACUAUUCCUGUUUUGCAGUUUUUAUUAUUUUUAUUUCUUCUUAUUACUUAUGGUAUUUUUUCUAAUCAACACUACUGUUGACACAAAACGACAAAUUUCAUGACAUAUGUCAAUAACAAUAAAUCUGAUUCUGAAGAAUGCAGGCGAUAGAUGAUCAAUUUAUUUUGUUUGUUUAUGUAACAAAAAUGGAGUAUUAAGUUAUAUUGCCUUCUGAAAAUAAUUUUCAUUUAUCAUGAUUCGAAUUACUGUCUUCACAGACACUUGAAAUAUUUUUGACAAGCAUUUGCUCAUUAAAUUAUUUUCUUAGACAUGGUAAUAUACUUAUAAAGAUGAAGUAUACUUUUAAGUGAAGUAUAAACAUCUAUAAAAUAUAUAUAACAUGAGUUAAUUUUCCUUGUGUUUUUUUAGAAAUUGCUUUUCAGUAGAGAAAUCAAUUUUAUAAUAUUUAAUUUUUUCAAUUCAACACCUUAAAUCUUGGCAUCAUCAAAAAGUUGGUUUUAUAUUUUAAUUUGUUCUGUGGCUUGA